AUGUCUAUAAUACCAUACAAUUCAAAUCUGGACAUUUUAUUCCAUGAUCCGAACCAUGGAAUUCUAGUGGUGCAUGACAAUCAAGAAAACAGCAUCCUGUUGGUGUCAACACGUUCCUCGCGAGACAAAUCAAGAACCCGCCCCCCACAACCUUCUCUGACAUUCACAAACCAGCAAUAUGGUCAUUACUCCGGUGAGAAAUCAACCAAGUGUCCGAACUGUGGGUUCACUUGGUCAGAAUACCCUGAGGAUACACCCAGGAGAAAUUCACGAAGUUCCGUCACCCCCUUCAACUUUUCGCUCCCUGAUAUAAAUUUGCCAAGAGAUUUUGCCCAAGGGUUUGUUCGAAACGAUUAUUUCAAACUAUUGGGUCAAUUGCCCUAUGUAAGCAACAAUACCAACCACGAAAACACCAACAACCACGUUAAUAACCACGCAAGAAGCUCUCUUCCAGAAGGUAUAUUCAACCAGGGCUAUUUCAAGCGAUUUUUUAAACGGGUAGAACCUUUUGUUUUGGGAUCAGGUGCUCAUGCACAAGUGUAUAAAGUAGAUCAUGUUUUGAACGAUAUCAAAUUGGGGACAUAUGCCGUCAAGAGGAUUAGCAUAGGUGACAAGUUUGAACAUUUAGAACAAGUUUUGAAUGAAGUUUUGAUCUUGUAUGAGUUAUCAGUGAAAGGUGCAAAUGAGAAUAAUUUAAUUCGUUAUAAUCACGUUUGGUUGGAAUUGGGAGAUCUCGAAGAUCUGUCUUCUUAUUUCCUUCCACCUUCAGGCGUGGGAGAGAAAGUCAAGAAUCGAAUUCCCUAUGUUUUUAUAUUGCAACAGUAUUGCGACGGUGGACAUCUUGAGGAUUUGAUAUCUAAACACUUUAGAAGAGAAGAAAAUCUUACUUGGAAAGAAAAGAUUGAUUUGGAGAGAAUGAAGCGACGUUUAAGAAGAAGCAGCUCGGGAAAUAAACAGGAAGAAACUAAGAAGAAGAAAUGGUUAAGCAACUUCGAGAUUUGGAAGUUUUUCCACGAUGUUGCUAAAGGAGUUCAUUAUUUGCAUGUUCAUGGUAUUCUCCAUCGUGAUCUUAAACCUUCAAAUUGUCUUUUAGACGUGGAGUAUAUUGCAAGGGAAGAUUCCCCUGAAGAAAACCAGUUUCUUAAUUUGGAGGAAUUUGAAAAUGGAGUACUUGACCUACCUAGAGUGUUGGUAUCUGACUUUGGAGAAGGAAAGUUUAUAGACAAGAAACAUAAUGUUGUGAUAGAAGACCAGUUUAAUGAAAGACGUGGUAAUACUGGAACCCUUGAAUUCACUGCUCCAGAACUUUGGCUAUACUCCAAUGACCCCAUCUUGGGAGAAGAUAAUAAAACAUUUUUCAAUGAUUUCACCUAUGAAAGUGAUAUUUAUUCGUUAGGAUUGAUCUUGUUGUAUUUAUGUGUGGGUAAAUUGCCAUUUUCUGAUGUAAUUAAAGGUGAAACGGAUCCUCAAGAAAUCAGAAAUAAGAUCAUAAGUUGGUACGAUGAGUUAACAUAUGAAUUGUUUCAAGAGUGGUUUACCACGAAUGCUCUUGAAUUGAGGGAUAGUUUUGACGAUACUAUGUUGGAUUUCCAAAAGUUGGUGUACAUGAUGAUAAAAGGGGAAGGUUCUGGAAACCAAUCUACAUCCAGAGCUAUAUCCAAGGAGGUAUUGGAAUUCUUAGAAAACAUGAAGAGAGAAAGAUUUAUUAAACAUUAUGAGGAAGAAGAAGUUGUUGUUAGCGGUGAAGAGCUCAUGAAUAGGAAAAGUAGUGCAGCUGGUAGUUUAGUUCGUGUUCUGUCUGGUACUAUCAUGGAUGAACCAGUUCUUGAUGAGGAUGAAGAGGAAGAUGAAGCCUUUGAGGAGGAACAUAAAUCCGAACACCUAAACUUGCUUGAGGGAGUCCGAGAACUUGAUGAGUUUGAAGGCGUAAACCUAAAUAAAACAGAGCCGGAUGCACCUACUAGCAGUAGUUCUAUUCACAAUGUUUUGGCAGCCAUUGUACUAUACGGGUUUGAAUUGAUAGUCUUGGAAUAUAUUUCAUAUAAUUCAGCCAAGCUCGUUAAUUCUAUCCUUAAAGUUGUGGUUUUCUUUUUGGUUGCAAUUGAGUUAUACAUUGAAAACUACACCCUUUUAAAGACAGUGUUAUUUGUGAUAACCUCAAUAGCAGUUUCAAUUCUUCUUGCUUAUUAUCUCAAAUUUGAAAGCUCACGUGAUUAUUUUUAG